AUGAAGCGGGCAGAACAAAGAGGCGACAGGCUUAGCAGCAGGGACAAAGACAAACGCAGGUCACACCUACAAAGAGAUGCCACGACAAAAGAGAACUACACCAAGUUCUCCAUCCCCAUACAUCAAAUUUUAGCCCAAGUGAACGACAAACGUUGGGUAAAAAGACCGCCACCCUUGAAAGAAGAUCCGGACAAAAGGGAUACCAGAAAAUAUUGUGCCUUCCAUGCGACACAUGGGCACAAUACGAAUAAUUACUUUGCUUGGAAAGCGCAUCUCGAAGAACUCGUGAGAGAAGGUCAUUGCACGGAGUUCAUUGCAAAGCAGGCCAUCCAGCAGAUAGAAGACCGCGAUACCGCUAAGGAGCCACCCCAGAAGGUCAUAAAGAUUAACAUAAUCCUAGCCGACUCAGAGGAGUCCGGAUUAACCAACAAAGAAAAGAAGAGGAAGAUCAAACAGGCUACUAUGAUCUCCCAUGUCUCAACUAGCCUCUCAUUGGCAGAAGACGAUCCCGUGAUCGGCUUCCAAAAGAAAGACUUAGUCGGCCUUGAUCUACCACACAACGACGCCCUUGUCAUCAACAUUCAAAUUUGCUCAGGCCAUGGUUGA